CAACAUAACAUUACAUUAUUUUAGUCUCACUUGAAACACUUUGCUAUUAUUAUUGCCAAGUGCCACCGCCACACAUAUAGUAUAGCCAUGGAAGCUUCAAUACGCAUUAAACCACUUUCUCUUUCACACAACCAACUACUCAAUUCAACUACUCCAGGGGAAAAAUGUUUUUCUUUUAAAUAUUGCAAAGAUAGGAGUGUUGUGGUGGCAGUGGUGGCAGCUACUGGAUCUAGAAAAGGUGGUGGUUUGUUGGAGAGACCAACCAAAGAGACAACAUCAUCACCUGGUCGAGAAUCUGAAUUUGAUUUAAGGAAAUCAAAAAAAACAUCUCCACCAUACAGAGUAAUGUUGCACAAUGACAACUAUAAUAAAAGGGAAUAUGUAGUGCAAGUUUUGAUGAAGGUGAUACCAGGAAUGACGGUUGAUAAUGCAGUUAACAUCAUGCAAGAGGCACAUUAUAAUGGAUUAGCAGUUGUAAUCAUUUGUGCUCAAGUUGAUGCUGAAGACCAUUGCAUGCAAUUGAGAGGAAAUGGUCUUUUAAGUUCAAUUGAACCAGCUGAUGGUGGUUGUUGAAUAUUAUUUUUGAGUGUCAUCAAUAGAGAAAGAGACCAUUUAAAUUGUCUCAAAAUCUUAAUACUUCGCAUUAAUUCACCACAGUCAGUCAGUCAUAAUCGUUGGAUGAAGAUCAAACGGUUCAUAGUUAAUGUUCGGUAUGUAAGUUGGAUUUACAUAAUCAUUUGAAAUAUGAACUAUUCGAUCUUCGUUCAAAUGAUUUUAAUUGAUUGAUUGUGAUGACUAUUAUGUGGUAUUAACUAUAGUCUAUAGGGAGUUUGUUAUUUUGAUAAGAAGCUUUUGUCUAAUAAUAGUUUUUUUUUUAAUGAAAAUUUAAGUGCAUGUUUUGACUCACGAUCAGUUUGGCCAAAUCACAGCGGCACCGUGAUUUUGUAAAGCUUCAAAGUGUAGCUUUUGCCAGAAUUAUGGUGGCUUAUCGUGAUUAUGUCAAUUCAAACAUGUAUCUACUAAAAAUUCGACAUAUAACGACCAAUUUAGUGAUCGCAAUAUUUUGGUCUCUUUAGCAAACGAUUUUUGAAAUCAAUUGCUAAAUUAGCUUCUAAAUUGGUCGCUAAAAGAGUUUGUGAUUGGUUUAGAGACUGAUUUGCGAAGCGAAAUUAAAUCACAUUUCACUGAUGUUAGCGAAUAGUGACCGAUUUGAUAUUUUUGGCCUCUAAAUCGAUCGCUAAAUCAAGUUGCUAUAUAAUGAAUUUUUAGUAGAUUAUUUA